AGUCUGUUAGAACCGCUGCUCGGGUCCUCGGGUCCUGGGUUCGGGUUCCGGGUGGGUUUAAUAGUCCAGCAGGUAGAGCUGAGGUACCGGACCGCGGUCCCGCUGUCUCUCCGCUCUCCUCCCGCUCCCCCCGGCCGGUAGCUCCUCCGGUAGCUCCUCCGGUAGCUCCUCCGGUGUUUGGAACCAGGUGGCGGCAGUAAGAUGGCGUCGGAGACUGCGCAGUCCCGGAGCGGACCCGGAUCGGACCGGACCGGACCGGAGCGGAGCGGAGCGGAGGUGACGUCUCGUCUCCAGCAGGACACCGCAUGCUCAGCCAGAACACCUCUCCGGUGCUGAGCGGCUCUAAACGACGGAAAACAGACGGUACCGGAGGAUUCACGUCACACCGUCGACAUAUGUGAUGUGUUCCACCGAGCAGAAGGAUGCUGUGUUGAACCAUCGUACAGAUGUAUAAAAAGCGGGAUUUUGCGUCCCUUUAGAUGUCUGGGACCUGUUCAUGGCUUCUAAGAGGAAGCAGAAAGGAAUGGUGUUCCAACAGGAAGGGGCAACAACCCCUGCAGCGGCGCCCGCCGCCGACCACCCACCUGCUCGCUUCGUUGUUCCCAAACCAGGGAAGGCAAGCGAAGGCGGGAUGGAACAAAGCACCCGAGUGACCAAUGAGGAGGCAGAUAUGAUGGGUAAACCCAACAUGUACCCGUCUAAAGAACCCAUCAGGACGGCUGAUGGACUUCCUGCUGUGAAACGUCCCGCCAGUUCAAACCCUCCGUCAGACACCCUGUCACCUGACAGCGUCUGCAGAGGGGUCAAAGUGACGCUGGACAACAACGGUAUGUGGAACGAGUUCUUCAGGUGCAAGACGGAGAUGAUUCUGACUAAACAAGGCAGCAGGAUGUUCCCCUACUGCCGCUUCCGCAUUUCCGGCCUCCAGCCGUCCAGGAAGUACUCUUUGUUCAUGGACGUUCAGCCUUUAGACAGUAGCCGGUACAAGUGGACCGGCAAGAGCUGGCAAGUUGCUGGAAAGGCAGAGUCUCAUGUUAAGAGUCAGCCGUUCGCUCAUCCAGAGUCCCCGUCGACGGGUCAACACUGGAUGCAGAGUCCGGUGUCCUUUUACAAACUGAAGCUGACAAACAGCAUCUCAGAACAAGAGGGGAACACGGUGCUGCAUCCGAUGCACCGCUACCUGCCGCGACUGCACCUGGUCCAGACGGACAAAGCUGCUAAAGACGUAAAGUUAACUGGUCCCAGUGUUGUCACGUUUACUUUCCACCAGACGGAGUUCAUGGCCGUCACUGCUUACCAGAACUCACGGCUGUCUCAGCUGAAAGUCGACUACAACCCAUUCGCUAAAGGACUGAAGGAGGAGGGCGCUACUUCCUGUGGCCUAAAGCUGAAACUGAACUCUGGCAAAGACUCGCACAGAGCCAGAGGCUCGACUACCAACGAGCAACAUCCUGUGAAGAAGAGCUUGAAGUCUUUGCUUGCAAACCAUAAACCUAGAAGCUCAAAAGCAGCGGACGCAAAGCCUUCGGGGUCAGGUGACCUCCAGAAAAACUCCACUACAAAGGAAGACCAGUCAGCGGGCAGCGUCUCCGGGGAAGGUUCCUGCAGCAGCUCCCGUCCGGCUCAGAAGUUAUUUUCUGAGCUUAUUCGGGAGGCUCACGUUUCGCUGCACCGAUGCAACCUGGAGCAGCUGGGCAUCAGCAACAGCACCUCCCACUGCGCUGAGCGAACCAACACUAAAACCAUCGCGCCGAAAAGCAACGUGCAAGAUGUUCCCGAAAGGGACAGAGUAUCUGUCCGAACACGUAGCGAGACAUCACCUGCAGAGAAAGAGGAAACUGUUGUUACAAAGAGGAAAGUUAAGGAGGAUAAAGACAUUUUGAAUUCACUGAACUGUAAAGAUAGUGUUAGGACGGAUAGUUCUGCUCCAGCAGGGUCCCAGAACCCCUCUGUUGACUCAGCCCACCAACAUAAGCCUGAAGCUCCAUCAGGGGUGACAGUAAAGCAGCCUAAACGGCCUCUGCCUCUGCCGGCCCUCGCUCUGUUUUUGAAGCAGCAUUUGACGAAAUCUAAAGUGGCCAAGAACAAGCUGGACUCUCCUCCUUCUGACUUCCUGUCUGAUCCACAGAGUUCUGCAUGUCCGCCUUCUGAUCACGCCACCCAAGCAACUGGUCCCUUGAAGGACCUCACUGGUGAUAUCACAGAAUCCAGCACCCAGGCCUCCAGACUUACUGGGGCACAUCUUCAUCCAGAUAACAGACAAGCAGUUGAAACCCCCCAUAAGCCUUCCAGUCCAUCGUGUCCAGAUGCCGUUGCCACUAUAGACCCAACAGGACUAAGAACUGAUGAUGUCUUAGCUUCCGUUUCUGUUGCUGAAAGCACAGGCAGAGAGCCGGCGGUACCAGAUGGUACACCAGUGUUACCCAACUCAGAUCGGCCCUUUUAUACCCUUGGGACUUCUAUAUCUGCCAUUUCCUCAACUCUUGCUGCGUCUCCCAUUCUGUCACCACCUCUUGACACAGUGUUACCUGCCCCGACCUCGCCACAAACGCUAACCGUCACCGAGUCUUCCGGGCUACCCUCAGACUCGCCAACGAUGAAGUCUGAUUCGUUGCUACCUGACCCUGAGUGUUCGUCAUUUAGCUUUGAGCCGCUGUCACCAGCGAGCUCUCCAGAGCCUUUACCCUCCCUGCCCAUGUCGUUGGCUUUAGACCUUGACUCCUCGACCUCUGAAUCGCCUCAUAAAGCAGUAUCUCCUCAAGAGUUCCAGCACAGUGAGAACUCUGCCACAUCUGUGUUCAAAUGGCAUACAGUGUUACCUCCUCCUGAGCCCUACAUAGACACCUCGUUCACAACAUUUCAGCCCACACCACAGGCUCUUCCUUUAGAGUCUGUUACGUCACCUUUGUUGCCUUCCCAGACUCCCUCCCCCCCUCAACCACAGACUCUUGACACCAUCAUAUCCAUACCUCCUCCUGAUCAAGACCAUGAACCGCCGCUGCCCUUCCCUGCAGAACUGUCCCCCCUCGCGCUUCAGAUGCCGCUGUCUCCAACCUUUUCCUCGUUAGACGGAGACGGGUUGUCACCCACGCCUUCAAUCGCCGAUCUCGUGCAUUUCUUCUCCACCAAUGAUGACCUCGGGAUGGGGGUGGAGUUUUCAACCACAGAGCCGGUGGCUGUUCCCUGCCCACCUCCAAGUACAGUAGACGCAAAUACGCACGAGCCUCCUCAGCCGGCGCAACCAAUUCCAGCCAAGAAACCCUGCAAGCACAAGAAGAAGUCCCGGAAGCGAAAUCUGCCGGUUAUGGACGAGAAGAUGGACGCCUCCACCUACAGUAGGAUGCAGCCGAACCUGGAGGAAGUGGAGGAGCAGUUAUUUAUCUCAUUCACAUCAAAGGAGGCCCUCCGGCUUCACGUUGUGGACUCUGAUGGAACGGUCUCACAGCCUCAGACGACACCUGAAGAUCACCUGCAAAGUGCUGACGCACCUGAGAACGUGGAGGCGAGGGAGGGCGUGGAGGAGACGAUCGCUGCCUUUGAGAAGAUUCUUCUGAGAGACUUGAAGCUGAUGAGACAUGGACAGGUGAUCCAUCCUGUGCUGCAGGAAGUCGGUCUGAAGAUGAACCUGCUGGAUCCGACUCUGGUUAUAGACCUGCAGUACCUGGGAGUCCGGUUGCCCAUCCCUCCUCCUGGAGUCUCUCUGGAGCCGCUGCCCCAGGAGCUGCCUCCGCCUCCGCCUCCAGGUGUUUCUGCAGCGUUUGUUUCCAGAACAGGAAAGACGACCGAUGUGACUCAGAUUAAAGGUUGGAGAGAGAAAUACACUCCAGAGGCUCCGUCCACGCCGACAGCAGCCAAACCUGAAGCCAGACCCAGUUCAGAUCCACCCAAGAGGAACCUGUCGGCGUUCUGCAGCGACAUGCUGGACGAGUAUCUGGAGAACGAAGGGAAGCUGAUCGUCGAGCGAGCCGCCAGCUUCUCUCAGCCCGUGGUGGAGCCGCUGGUCUACGAGCUGCCCACCAGGAGCACCAGCUACGUCCGGACCCUGGACAGCGUCCUGAAGAAGCAGACCUCCGGCUCCCCCACCUCAGACCUCAUAUCUGGAUUCAUCCCCCCCUCCAAGAGACCCAAACUCUCCCUCAGAGAGACCAAACCGUCCAGGAGGCAGAGAGGUCCAAAACCCAGUAAACCCAGAUCAGAACCAGCUCCAGGUCCAGCACCUGCACUCACUCUGAGUCCAGCUGAAUCUAACCUGGUCCCUAAACAUCCUGCAGUCCAGAUCCCGGCUGGCCCCCCCUCAUCAGAACCCGCCGCUGAACCUCAUAAAUCACGGAAACACCACCUGAAAGUCCGGUUCGACCACACAGAGAUGUCCACUCUGUCUCCUCAAGGCAGGAAGAGGAAGAAGCUCAAACCCAAGACCUGGUCCCAGACCCUCAGCCCCCCCAAACCCCCGGCCUCCCCGCCCGGCGUCUCAGAGGACAUGGCGCCACUGGAGUCGGACUCUGAGCUGGGGACCGCCGCCGAUCAGAGCGGUGAAACCUGCCACAAGGACAGCGGGCCCGUGAUGACCCGGGGUCUGCUGAGACAGAAGGACCUGGAGGACGGGGUGGUGUGGGAGGGACGACCACGGACCAGCAUCACCGAGGAGAGGGCCGCCAUUGCUCUGACAUCACUCUUCACACUGAAGGGUUUCGUCAUCGAGAACCCGACCGCCCCCAUCCAGCUGGUCCGGAGACGGGCCCCUCCCUGCCUGAAUGAGUUCUGCCGGCUGGGCUGCGUCUGCUCCAGUCUGGCCCACUGCUCCAGGAUCAGCCACUGUGGCCGGCCUCUCUGCAUGCUGGGCUGCAGCUGCCUCAAACAGAAGGUGGUCCUCCUCAAGAACCUGGACGGGUCCGACUCCAGCCCCUCCCAGCCCGGUCACAGCAGGAGGAGGAGGAGGAAGAGGAGGAUGAAGAUGGCCUACGUCCUGAAGGAGGCGGACAGCGUUUCCCAGCCUGCCGAGCGGGUCCGGACUCUGUGGAAGAGGGGCGGCAGAGACUCGGAUCCAGACCCGAUCCACGUCCCUGAACCGUUACACCGGGCCCGGCCCACUGUGAGAAAUGAGAGAGGGGAGGACGGCAGCAGCAGCAGCAGCUGUGCCAGAGUCCGAGUUUUCAUCGGGAGGAGGAAGAGGAGCAGGAAGAGGAUGAGGAAGGAUCUGCCGGAGAGCUCUGAUAACCCAACGGAGACGCCGAAAGACGUGAAGACGAAAGAAGGGAAGAGUAAAGACGUGAAGACGAAAGAAGGGAAGAGUAAAGACGUGAAGACGAAAGAAGUGAAGAGUAAAGAAGUGAAGACUAGAGCAGUUCGGCAGAGACCUUUGAAGCCGGGGGACGUGACCCUGAAGGACUGUAAAGUCAAACCAGCAGGUGAUCCGGUUCAACCGCCGCCCCCCCCCCGACUGAAGCGUCUGGUCAUCGUGGCGGAGUGCAAGUGGGCGAGCGACGGCGACCGUAACCGCGUGUUGAAGACGCUGUGCGCGGCGAUGGCUCAGGACCGGCUGGACGAACCCUUCUGGAUCAAAGACUACCUCAUCAGCCCGAUGAACCACACCGUGGAGGUCAACGGAGACGACCGCUGCAUCCACUACAAGAUGCACAUCUCCAGACCCAAACUGGAGCGGGAAAAACCAGCGAGACCAGCGAGACCAGUCAGAGCUCAGAAACAGAGAAAGCAGAGGGCGACUAAACGACAGCAGAAACACCUAAAACAGGAAGUCACGGAGGCGGAGCCUCCUGAAGAUUGGCAGCGGGAGGUGGCGGAGGACGAGGCGGAGCCUCUUGAAGAUUGGCAGCGAGAGGUGGAGGAAGGUGACCUCGAGGAGGAGGCGGGGUCAGCAGAUGACCAGGUGCAUGAUGGGAGAGAGAGCAGUAGACAGGAAGUGAUAUCAAAGAAGAAGAAGAUGGUCAGUAUGGCGCUGCCAUUCCUGACGGGAGUCUCCCCCGCCGGCUUCCUGUCAGCCAAUAGGAAGCAGCCGGGAGGAACGGACCACCUGGUCCAGGUGAACGGGAAGCUGUAUCCUCUGGCUAAGAUCCAGCUGGGGAAGAUGGGGGCGCUCCAUCCAGCCAACCGGCUGGCGGCGUAUCUCACCGGCCGGGUGGGGUCCAACAGGAAGUCAUCGCCCUCUAAACCUCCUCUGAACCACAGUUCAGGACCGGCCCCCCCGACCGUCUCCUCUGCUUCCUCUGUGGUUCCCACCCCCCCACCAGUCCCAGUGCUCACCCUCCCAGCCCCCCCCACAGCGCUUCAGCAUGCAGCAGCGAAGGUCGACCAAUCAGCCGCCUCCUCCUCUGAGCAGCCUGCAGGUGACUCACCUGAAGGGGCGGGGACUCGGGUCGUCACGGUGAGGGUGUACCCAGGUCUGAAGGGAGGGGGUAGCCAGGUCAGAGCACUACCUGCAGCUCCCGCUAGCUCCGCCCCCACUUCAGCCUCUCAGGUGAGCAGCUCCGGGGCUCCGCCUGUGAACCUGGAUCCUAAAGGCUCUCAGCUGCUGAUGCUCCAGGUCCCGGCUCCUCCAGGGAGGCCUCCUGUACCGGCCCCCGCCACCCCCGCCCCCGGUCAGAGGAUGGUCCUGAAGCCGGUCCAGACGGUGUCAGGCGUCCAGUACUACCGCAGACCAGACGGGAAACUGGUCCAACUGGUUCCCAUCAGCCAGCUGAGAUCAGCCAACCCCAACCUGUCUGUCCAGAGAGUCUUCCCUGCUGCAUCCAAUCAGACUCCAGUUAGUAACCAAACACCUCCGACCACGGUGACCUCCGUCCUCCCUCCCUCCUGGUCCUCGUCCUCCUCCUCGUCCUCCUCCUCGUCCUCCUCCUCCGUCCUCCCUCCCUCCUCGUCGUCCUCCUCUCUGUCCGGCCUCCAGUCCUUCUCCGUGACUCCCCUCACCUCCCCGCUCCGCCUCACCUCUGGCUUCCUGGCUCAGAAGGGGAUGUGCACCUUUAAAAUCAUCCCCCCCAGCUCCAACAGGGAACCAAUCAUCGUCACCUGUCCUAAAGUUCCCUCCAAGGUGGCGGCGACUCCGGGCUCCUUCACCAUCCUCCAACCUCACCCCACCGCCACCGCCACCGCCACCCCGGUCAGCCUCAUCUCACUCAAACCCACCGCGGGUCGGGGGGCCGAGCUGGGGGUCAAAACGGUGGCGGUGUCUGCGGUCCCGGGGGCUCCCGGUGGGGUGUUGGUCCAUCAGAAACCUGCCAUCCAGACCGCUGCGGGGACCAGACCCCCACUCCUUCCUCCUGCACCGUCAGGGUCAGAGGUCACACCUGUCCCCCCACCGCCACCGGAGCCGGCCUGCGACUUGGUGGACCUGGACAUCAUCUGCGUGGACGACGAGACGGGGCUCGCCACCUUAAGGACAGUGGGCGGGGCGAAGCGGUCGCUGGACGUGGAGGAGCCGGAGGGGUCGGACAGCGAGACGGAUCACUCGUCAGACUUCGGCGACGAGUCGGGCAGCGAAGGAGAGAAAGGCCUGGCGAAUAACAACAACUACCGUCACAACAUGUUGGAGAAGCAGCGCCGGGUGAAGCAGCAUCAUCUGUUUGAAGGUCUGAGGAGAGAACUGAGACUGGAUGAAGACAAGACGUCCAAGAUCUCCACUCUGAAUACGGCGGUUGAGGUGAUCCAGAAGCUGAGGACGACUGAGACACAUCUAGAGAAGAAGAAGAGGAGGCUGACGAAGAGGAGGGACGACUACCUCGCCAUCAUCGCUCCACCGAGCGAGAUCACACAGGUGAGCAGCCAGAGAUCACCUGAGCCGUCGGAGGGAGGAGGGACAGGAAGUCAACACACAGAUGUGAUGGAGGUGGUCGAUCUGUUGGACGAGACGGACGACCUGACGGAAGACUCGUCUGACGAGGAGAGACCCGUUACCAAGACGACCAACGUCAUCUCCUUCACCAACGCGAAGGACGAGGUUCAAAGCGUUGCCGUGGAGACGUCGGAGGACAGCGGUCGGCUGAACGCGGCUCAGAGGAAGCUGGCGAGGAUCAUGAGGAACGUGGACUCAAAGAGCAGUUUGAGUGUGGAGAAGCUGGUCGGCGUUCAGAGCGUCUCCUCUGCCUUCAGAGCUCUCAGUUCAGUCAUGAACUCCAGAAGCUCCUCACAGAGACGUCUGCUGAAGCAGGCUCAGCAGGAGAUCCAGACUCUGAAGAGAGAGACGGCCACACUGAGGAGUCAGAAGAUCUGCCUGAACCAGCAGAGAGACGCCUUCAUCAGAGAGAUCUGCCUGAGAUCAGGUCAGAGUCAGCAGAAGAUCCAGAGGAAGUUGCAGCAUCUGUCGUCCAAACAGAAGAAGAUGGAGGAGGGACACCAAACAGCCAAUCAGCUACCAGCAUGGGACGGGUCCUCUGAUCUGAGCGACUCGACGGAUGACGACGUCGUGAUCACAUCGUCCGGCCUGCGACGGCAGACUCCACGAGCUCCUCCCAUUCCUGCUGCGCCCACCGCCACACCUGUCCAAACAUCUGUCCAGCAGCCUCAGAGGGUCCUGCAGGUGUCCAAGCCUGUCCUGGCCCCUCCCGGUGUGUCCCACAAUGCACCAGUGGUGGUGAGGGACAGGCCGAGGACGGUCCCAAACAUCCUGUCUCGCAGCAAGAAUCCAUCUGCGUCGCCGUCCUUCCAGGCUCUGGUACCGCUGGUCGGCGCCGCGUUGCCGGGACAACCAGUCCUGACCGUGAGCCCGUUGAUGGCGGGACCGACGGCGCUGCAGACGUCUCUGACGCCAGGCAUGGCCUCGGUCACCCUCAACAUCCCCCGUCUGACCAAUCAGCAGCUCCAUCUCACCUCGCUGCCCCGCCCCCCAACCGGUAAGAUCUACAGCAGCUCCGCCCCCCUCAACGUCACUAACCUCACAGCCGCAGACGUCAACAAUCUGCUGCAGCUGGUUCACCCGGCAACUAACCAACAACAACAACAACAAAUACCACAACAAAUACCACAACAAAUACCACAACAAAUACUACAACAAAUACUACAACAAACACUACAACCACCACCAGCAGCUCCGCAUCAGCAACAGCAUCAGCAACAGCAGCAACAGCAGCUCCCAGCAGCUCAGCCGCUGCUGGCCUCUGCUGGCUCUGACCUCUCCUCAGACCAGGACAAAGACCAGGACAAAGACCAGGACAAAGACCAGGACAAAGAGGACCAUCCAGAGUCCACCCCACCGUCGUCCUCUCCGUGCCCAGGACCGAGUGCUGAUGGUCGGGCUGAAGUCCCGGUUGGGGGGCCUCCGGGGACGGAGCACCCGCAGGAGAGCGGAGACGACGAAAGUUUGACCUCCCUUCUCAACGAGAUCGUCUUCCUCAAUCAGCGGACCGUCACCUCCGCGACGACGGCAGCCGGGGUCCCGUCACCGGGGAAACCGCCCAGCUCUGAGGACGCGGCGGCGGUGGGCGGAGCCACGGAGCAGGGACACGCCCAAAGCCCCUGGCUCCUGGAGCUGGACUCGGACUCUGAUGACCAAACGGAGACACCGCCACCGAGCCGGUCGCAGCCUGGGUCUGCUAACGUCCUGGCUCCGCCCCCUCUGCUGCAGAUGAAGGUGGGCGGGGCCAAGGCGGUGGACCCCGCCAGCAGCGAUGGAGCAGCAGGAGGGGAAGAAGAAGAAGAAGGAGGAGGAGGAGGAGGAGGAGGAGGCGGAGGCGGCGGGAGGAGGAGAGAGGGCGGCGUGGCCUGGAGGCCGAUGCCGAGGCUCGUUCCUCUGGGGCUGAGAGGAAACCCCCCCAGCUGACCUCACACAAGCCCGGUCAUCAUGAUGAUGUCACAGCAGAGCUAACACCUCAUUGGUCGUCUGCAGGCUGUCCUCUGAUUGUCUGAUGAAAACAGAAACAGUCAAUCAGAAGCCCGGCUGUUACUUCAGAGCGUUUGAUUGGUCGUUUACAGACGAUCAGAGAUUAUGUUUUAUUUAUUUCUGUCUUCAGAUCAGAUCUUGUCCUCCCAGCGGCAACGGGCAACUUAUAGAGCAACAGUUGCUCUUUAGUCUCAGAGGGAGGUUGUUGUUUACUUCAGUCGCCGCGGCAACGAGAACCAGACGUCCUGAGUGGUGAUUUUAAACCUUUUCUCUUCUGAUAUCAAAGCAGAGUCUCUGAACAUGAUAUAUUAUAUUAAUAAUAAUAUUACUACUAAUAUAAUAUGAUCAGAGUCUCUGAACAUGAUAUAUUAAUAAUAAUAUUACUGCCUUUAAAGUGCAGCUAGUUGUUGUUUACUUUAGUUUACACUGAGCAUCAGGAGCACUGAGAAAGAAAUCACAAUGUUACACCUAAAUAAUUCAUAUUUUCACAAUGGACACGUUACUACAAAAUAUUAUGAGUGUGGACGGUCUUUCAUUUUAAGGAUUCAUAUCAAAAUGAUUUCAGAUGAAAUAUUCUGUUGGACAAAGAAAAGUUGUAUUAAAGCGUCUGAACGCUGGAGCUGCUGUAUGAAUAUUAAACGUGUGUAUUUCUUAGGAAAGUUCUCCGUAUUUAAAGCAUAAGAACACUGAGGAACACUGAUGAGGAACCCUGAGGAGGAACCCUGAGGAGGAACACUGAGGAGGAACCCUGAGGAGGAACCCUGAGGAGGAACCCUGAGGAACACUGAUGAGGAACCCUCAGGAGGAACCCUGAGGAACACUGAGGAGGAACCCUGAGGAGGAACCAGGACUCACGGGGUCAAUUAAAGGGCCAGUGUGGUGUUUUUAAAGCGUCAGCGUGCUCCAUGAUGUCACAGGAAGCUGCUUCUCUCCGUGUUGACGUCCGUACAGACGACGGUUUGUUUUUUUCCUAAAUUUGUAUUUUUGUACUCGUUAAAGGACCUCUGAUGUACAUAUAUAGGACGCCUCGCAUCACAUUACAACACUAUAAUAUACUGUAAAUAAAGUUUAAAUAUCUCCAUCUGA